UGUCGUUCGCAGAAGGGAAGAAAUAUGAUGUAAUAUAGACAAAAAUCGAGUAUUUCAAUCCUAAUUUCGUUUCCUUCUGCCCGUAAUCAUGUCACUGACGUUGUUGCGAACGCUGUGCCGUCAGCAGCAGCACGUGUUACAACUGUGGCAGCCCGUUUCGUUCGCCGGAACCAGCCCGAUACGGAGUGCAAUACGAUUUCAGAGCACCACUGGUGGAGAUAGCCCAAACCAGGACAGUAACGACAAACAGUCCACCAAAGAGCGGCUGGCGAUCAAAUACAGUCGCGAAAAUGUGAAGCGAAACGUGCAGGGAUACGUCUUUUCACGGUUUUUCGACUACGUGAAAAACUAUGACAAAGUGAUCGAGAAGAAAUUCCCGUCGGCGGUUCACGUUUACCGGGUGUUUCUGGUGGGGGUGCGGGAUUUCUUCAAUGACAUGAAGAAGCUAGUCAAAAUCACGAAAAUCGUCUAUUCACACGAUAAUGACCUGCGGUGCCUGACUCGAAAGGAGAUCGAGCUGUACUACCAGAUGCCACGAGACAUGAAGAAGGUUGCGCCGGUGUUGCUUAUAUCGGCGCUACCGUUUGCGAAUUAUGUGAUAUUUCCUCUAGCAUAUAUGUACCCUCGAACAUUGCUGACAUCUCACUUCUGGUCAGUGCAACAGAAGGUGGAUUUUGCUCAGAUAGAUCUUCGCAAUCGGCUUCUCUACAAUCGGCGCGUCUUUCGCUGUAUGCAGUCGAAGCUGGACGCACUAAAAAAGUCCAACGAUCCGGCGUACGAGAAGUUUAGCUAUAUUUUGGGUUUGCUGGGCAGCGGUCUACAUCCGACGUCUGAAGAAAUACUGGACGUGAGCGAGGUAUUUCAACGACCGCCAUUCAAUCUGAACAGUUUAUCAUCUUCACAUUUGAAAUAUCUCUGCCGAUUACACGACAUUCAUGCCGGGCUGCUGAGGCGGUUUCGAUUAAGCGAACGGGCUUACGUUGUACACCACAUGGAUAUGGCUAUCAAGCGUGAGGGAGGCGUUCACAAUAUGCCAAUCGAAUCCCUUAAGCACGCUUGCUACAUCCGGGGACUCAAUGCGAACAAUUUGAGCGCCGAAAGCAUGAUCGACUGGUUACAGGAAUGGGUGAAAGUGUCGCUGGUUGUGGAUGAGGAUAGCAUCAGUAUGCUACUACAUCUGCCUAUAUUGCUAACGUAUAACCACACGAACAACUGGAUUCUGAUACACUGAUUCACUGGUGCCAAGCGAGAACCGUUUUACGUGCUUUAUUGUAAAUGGAAGCAAAUGAACAAUCACAGCAACAGAAAAACAACGCGUAUCAGUAAAAGACAGCAAGUCCACUAUUCCGGUAGCUAGGUGGUCGGCUAAAAAGUAUCCCUUUUCAAGUGCUCGGAAAACAAAUGUACAAUUUCCAUUUCUCGUUUUACUAUAAAAAGAUCCAAGUUCAGUGCGACAAGAAGUUCUAUUGAUACAACUACCUGGUGAAUUGUUAUUCUUUUAAUUUAUAGUUUGUUGAUCAACUUGGAGUAUGGUUGUUAUUUGUUUCAUGACUUCUCUAAUUAUAGUUAUAUUCUCUUUCCUAUUUAACAUUUAACAAUUCUACCACUUUGUAGCACAUGGUGAAAU